AUGACGAAUAAGGUUCAACCCGUUGUUAUAGAGGUGGGCGAAAAAUCUGAAGUGAGCGAACAGCGUGAAAAAUGGACCUCGAAAGCUGACUUUAUAGCGUCAUGUAUUGGCUAUGCCGUUGGCUUAGGCAAUAUAUGGCGCUUCCCGUAUCUUUGUUACAAGAACGGCGGAGGUAAUUGUUUAAGGGUAGAUAUCUAUGAUAACUGCGUCUUUAUUCAGGGGUGUAGUUUAGGUUUACAAGUGCACACUUUUUAGAACCGUCUACAGCAACAGUCAGUCCGUGAAAACAUCUGGUGUCUGAUUUUGCACUCUGCAACACUUUCUUCAAUUCGAGAGAAUCUACAAAAUAUGAGUCGAGUAAGACUGGCAAACAGAAAAGAGACGAUAACAAUACAGAAACGAAAAGCGCCAUAUGUUGCCUAGGCUUUUGCCCGGAAACAUGUGACGUUUUCCGCAUCUUUGUUACAAAAACGGCGAAGGUAACUUGAUCACGUGUAGAUAUAUAUAUUAUAGCUUUGUCUAUUUGUUUAGCAUUGUAGCUUAAGUUUACAAGUGCACACUUUUUAGAAUCAUGGCAUAAUUUGGUAUACGAAAAAUCCUUGUAAUUCAAAGAGGUUGUAUUGCCGCAUAUAGUGUCAUCUGUUACACGUCGUUAAACUAUCUUCAGUUGGAGGGAAUCUACAAAAUGUCAGUUGAAACAGAAAGACAAAAACAAAAGAAAUGAAAAUAAACCCGAAAUAAACAAGGAUGGCCGAGGAUGGAGAAGAUUGACAAGGAUUGUAAAUACCUGAAGAAUAACAUUAACCUUGUUUUCUGUGCUAGCUAUGUAGCUCCUUAUAUCUUUUGCGCGUACUUUGCCCUCCAUCGUAAAACAUGCACCAGGAUUUCAGCUUGUUCUCUUCUUCCUAGGGUUGCAUUUCUAAUUUCUUUUAUUUUUCAUUGACAGCUACUUUCUUAAUUCCAUAUUUUCUGACAUUGAUAACCUGUGGAAUUCCUUUGUUUUACCUGGAACUGGCCCUCGGACAGUAUCUGAGCCUCGGUACCAUCAAAGCUUGGGCAGUGGUUUGCCCUGCGCUUAAAGGUUUGUGUAAAAUAUCCUGAAUUAUGUCUGGCACUUGGAUCAAUUGGAGAUUUCUGAAUUAAAUGUAGUAAAAAAAAGAUAAGUAACUCAACAUGCAGUAUCAUGACAACUACUACGCUCUACAAAACAAAUUUUCAACUUUCGAAUCCUCUAAAUUGAAUAGGGCCUUUAAGUAACGUGUUGCUGCACUUUUUAUGAUUCAAGGUAUGUUUUACAUCGUUAACACGUAGCGGCAGCUCAAAUGUUCUGUAAUAUUUUAAACGCAGGGAUUGGAGUUGCCAUGGUGAUUAUUUCCUUCCUGAUUUCUAUUUACUACAACGUUGUUAUAUCCUGGAGUCUUCUUUAUCUAUACCACUCCUUUGCUUCUGUUGUCCCGUGGAAGUCUUGUGGCAAUUCGUGGAACACUGCAAAUUGCAGGUAAAUAACAAAGUCAAGAAGUUCUUUAUUUAAUUGGAAAAAAUAUCGCGCGAACUUUGUGCUGUAUACUCUUUGACACAAAAGACUGAUGCUUGUAGUAACUCGGCAAGUGAUAUUUUUGUUGCUGUUUUUCUCUUUUCGUGAGGAAAAUGACGCCAAUCUCUACUUAUUAAGAUCUCGACCCUUGAGAACAUGACAUUUUUGAGAACAAUUGGUGCAGUUGUAGUAACUUCAAAAUGUGAUUUUCUUUAGUGAGGACUUCAGAAACUCCACCGCUAACUGCACGACUGUCAAUUGCUCAAUGGCCGCAAUCUCCCCCAGCCAGGAGUUCUGGGAGUAAGUGUUACACGCUAGCGAUUUGCUAAUCUUAAAUUCAAAUUGCCGGUUAUGUUUUUAAGGUAUCACAGCUCGCAAUGUAGCGCUUUUCAACGCUAACAGGACCCUUUAGCAGUCAUAAAAUUAACCCUGAUUUGAUUUGCCUUCAAGAAAUUCCGACUGCUUAAAUUACAAAUCAUUGGACAAGGAAAAAAGAAAGUUGGAAUUUUUCACUGGCGAUCAAAUCAAUAACUGUUUAAAGCCAGCGAUUGAAGUAAAUUAUUGUCCACACAAGGACGUGGAAACAACUACGCAUGAACACAAUAUUGUCAACGACGAAAACUAGUAGUCAGUGUUACGCAUGAGCAUUACAUAGAAGUUCUUAAGUCACGUGCUGAACUCUUGGCCAAUCGCAAACCAGAAAUUAUUUAUCGAAUAGUGGCGAUGUCACUGCCUAAAGAGCAAAUUCUAUUAAUUGCAUCAGAUAGGCAAAUUUCUUCAUUAACAGAAAUAGUCACUUUGCAAUUAAAGUUGCAUAAGUUUAAUUUUACGACUUAUGGUCUUUCAAGGCGUCGUAUCUUGGACGUUUCAAAUGGCAUCGAUGAGCCGGGUGAGAUUCGUUUACCUUUGGCCACCACGCUGUUCAUUGCGUGGGCCGCAGUUUUCUUUUGCAUUCAUAAAGGCAUCAAGAGCUCUGGGAAGGUAAAAAGGAAAAAAAAACACAUUCUAAAAAAAUCAAUCUGAAUUUUACUUGUUAUUAAAAUUUGUAUUCACCAUAUGCUAUUUUAAAAAUCAUUAGGCAGGUAAGUUUCAAUCGAAAAAUAAUUGUGGUGAAUAUAAUUUCGUGAGUCUAUGUUGUUGUAUCGCAUAAUGGCAAUAGGACAAGAUAGGGAAAUAAUACCUUAAUAGGAAUACAGCCAUGUUCCGUUAUCUUGUUCUAUACGUCUUGUCUAUCAGCUCGGAUGAGCUUAUCUCGGACGAGCAAGAUGUAGAGAAUACUAAAAAGGAAAUCAUUGUGCCGUGCACAAUUGAUGGAAUCUUAUGUUACAAGAAGUCUAAGUUUAGUAACCUCUAAAAAUAAAGAUAAAAACAAUGACCCAUGCGAUAAACAAAGUGGUGGCACCACUUUGUUUAUUGCGUGGGUCGCUGUUUUCUUUUGCAUCCAUAAAGGCAUCAAGAGCUCUGGGAAGGUAGACAAACAAAAAAACAGUCUAAAACAAAUCAAUCUGAAGUUAACUUGUUAUUGAAAUUUGUAUUCUCUAUAUGCUGUUUUAAAAAUAAUUAGGUAACUAAGUUUCAAUCGAAAAAGAAUUGUAUUGAAUAUAAUCUCUUGAGUCCAUAUCUUAUCUCGGACAAGCAAGAUGUAGAGAACACAAUAAAGAUAAUCAUUGGGCCGUGCGCAAUCGAUGGAAUCCUAUUUUACAAGGAGUCUAAGUUUAGUCACCUCUAGAAAAUACAGAUGAAAACAGAAACGUAGCUUAUAUAAUUUUGUGAGUCUGAAUUAGUUUUUAACUAUAAGUUAAUUCUUUGGUCAACCGCGUUCUUUUCAUUUUUGGUUAAUAUUUUGUUCUGUCCCGUUCACAGGUGGCCUACUUCACGGCCAUCUUCCCCUAUGUUGUGUUGUGUAUCUUACUAGUGCGUGGUGUCACUCUGUCCUGGUGCACUUGA